AUGGCUAUUAAAAAUGCCAUGGAUUCUUCAAGAAUUGAGAUGCUUAAUGAAAAUAAUUUCCGAGCAUGGAAGCACCACAUUUCUUAUCUUCUUACACAUGAAAAAACAUUUCACACUUUAUCAACUUCUAAACCAGAUGAUGAUUCUAAUUGGUUUCAACGUAAAUGGAUAGAAGAUGAUGCAAUGGCGAAGGCAACUAUGUUACAUAAUAUGAAAGAUAACAUUAUUCCGCUUUUUGAAGAACAUGAAACUGCAAGACAAUUAAUGGAAGCACUAGAAAGUAAGUAUGGAGUUCGAUCGAAUACUCAAAUUCAAUUGCUCUUGGACAAAUAUAAUAACACUCGUAUGAGUGAUAAUGAUAGUGUUGGUGAUCAUGUUAAUCUAAUGAAAUUAAUUGGUAAAGAAUUAUCUAACGCUGGUCAUUUUUUGUCGAACAAGAUGCAAGUAACUAUCAUACUUAGUAGUCUUCCAUUGUCUUGGGAUCAUGUUAUCACAUAUCUAACUCAUAGCGGACGAGAGAUUUCAAUGGUAACAUUGCUUGUACUCUUAGUUUUGGAAGAAGAAAGAAUGAAGCGAAGGCGUAAAGAAGCAAUGGUACUUGAACCUUCAUCAAAUUCAUGGUGGAUUGAUUCUGUUGCAACUAGACAUAUUGUGCAAAAUAAAGACAUGUUCAUGGAGUUUACUGAUAAGAAGGUUGGUGAACACAGAAUCUACAUGGGCAACAACUCAUAUAGUGAUGUUUUGAGCAUCGGCAACUGUCAAUUCUCUAUUAAUGGAACUUCCAUUAUGCUUCAUGAUGUGCUUUAUAAAUCAAAGGCAAUUGAAAAGUUUAAGGAAUAUAAAUUAGAGGUAGAAAAGCAACUUGGUCAGUCCAUUAAACACUUGAAUAAUGAUAGAGGUGGGAAAUAUGAAACUAUAGAUUCUUUCUGCAAGGACAAUGGUAUAAAACAUGUUUACAAUGCCAUAUACACCACAACAAAAUGA